UGGUUCAUCAGCGGGCACACUAAGUAAAAGAAGUAAUAACAUUGCGAGAAAAGAAGAAGUGAAAAAUUGAGAAAAAGUAUAGAGGAGAGCGAAAUGAGUUUUAAAAACAUAAUAUAAAUUUCAACCGUAAACAGGCACAGAGUAAAGUGAUUGUAUUAUUAAGAAAAUACCGAGAUUCGCGUCCUGAUUCGCCUCCUUGACGCACACACUCGCACAGACUUGCACACACACGCACACAGUUGCGUCUUUCGUCAUCUCUCUCUCGCUCGGUUUUUUUGUCGCAGCUGCAACGCAAAUUCCAAAAAGGAUAAUUCCCACCGAUCUUGCGAGUCCUGCCGUUGACCUGACAGCGAAAAUAUAUCCGCAAAGAUGUUGACCAACGGAAAUUCGAAGAUCUAGGAACCUCGACACGAAUAGCAUGUUCAGUCCCAUCAAAAAGAUAUUUACGUACAUACAAAAAAAUGCGAGCGGCUCCAAUAUGUUUAGCCCAUCAGGAAACACGGCCGCCGGCCAAAGGGACGGGACUCCCAGCUUAGGUGCCCACGACGAAGGCGAUAGGAAGGAUCAGCGAAAUCAGGAUCACAAGGAUAAUCAGAGGGAGCCUGUACAGCAGCAGCAGCAUCAGCUGCAAGUAUUUCCCCACCUGGACGAUGAUGAGGACGACAUCGAGAGGCAGAUCAAGACCUCCAUAAUUGACGCCAGCAAGGUGCACGCAGCGAAAGCCAAGGCGUUGGCUUCCUUACCCAUGCCCCUUGAGCAGCUGGAUGAUGAACUGGCGGACUUUGCCCACGACCCUGCGGAUACAGAACUGGAGGAGCAGUUCCUUGAGCUGGAGAACUAUCCUAAUAAUGAGAUUAUUGUGCUUGGCGAUGCUGAUCUUAACUCUUCAAUAGCUUCCGAUGCAGUGUCCGAGGAUCCACUGGCAAUUGACAACAUUCUUGACUCCGCGUCGGUCACCACAAACGAGGAGGUCGACACCAGUGGCGAACUCCUUUGGCUGAAGUUGAACAAUGAAACGGAAAUAGCCACCAGAUCAGCGGAGGUGGCGUCCAACAACCAGGAAUCAUUGGAGCCUGCCCAGCCCGCUAAAACAAAGGAAGAUGAGCUUAGAGAUGGUGGGUCAGAUUCUGGUCUGGGUAGUGAAACCUCCGCAUUACUCAAGGAUCAGGCGGAGAAAGAAGCUGAGCCGGAAAUCCAGGAAAAGCUGGAGUCCAAGCCCAUUAGGUCCAACCUUAAACGGAGACUGGAAGAUUCGGAAAGCGAUGCUAUAGAUCUGGUGCCCGACAUGUCUGCCCCUCCAGUGGCUGCUCAGAAGCGGACCAAGCGCUCCAUCAACUUUGACGAAGUGAAGGUUUUCUACUUUCCCCGACAACAGGGCUUCAGCUGUGUGCCCACGGCUGGCGGAUGCACUCUGGGCAUGGGUGCAAGGCAUAUAGCCUUUAAGACGAUGACCCUGGCCGAACAUGCAGCAGAGUUGAGGCGGGCACAUCGCAGCCAGAACCAAGAACUCCAGCCUCGGGGUUCCAGUAGCGACGACAGCGAGGAGUCCGAGGAGGAUUACCUAAGCGAGGGUAGUGGCUCCGAUGCCGAAGACGGUUCCAAUGGCUUUCUACAGCCGGUGACGCCCAAGCAAAGAAGGGCACUGCUGAAAGCAGCGGGCGUGCGCAAGAUUGAUGCCAGCGAGAAAAGCGAAUGCCGCGAUAUCAGAAACUCCAGGGAAGUGUGCGGCUGCUCCUGCAGGGAGUUUUGCGAUCCGGAGACAUGUGCCUGUAGCCAGGCUGGUAUAAAAUGUCAAGUAGAUCGAGCCAUGUUUCCUUGCGGAUGUACUCGCGAAGCUUGUGGCAACACAGUCGGCCGGGUGGAGUUCAAUCCCACAAGGGUACGAACCCACUACAUUCACACGGUGAUGCGGUUGGAUCUUGAGCAGCGGCAGGGAUCGGUUCAAGGCGUCCAGGGAGGACAUCUCCAACCGCAACAGCAGCAGCAGUCGCAACAGACCAUUGGCUAUUCCCCGGUGGGAACGGCUGCCUCAACAUCCGCGUACUUCCUGCAAACGCAAUCGAACUACAGCUCCGGCUACGCUUCUCCGGCUUACACGCCCGAGAGCAGCGUGAGCUACUACCAACAACAGGUGCAACAGCAAGGAGUGCCCACCACGGGCCAGGCGAUCCCCCAGCAGCAGCAAGUGCAGAGCCAGAGCUACGCGGGAUACGCCCAAUUGGAUAGUCUGGACUCUGGGCUCUUUGCUAGUGGCUCCAAUGCCUCACCAUCGUACGGAGAACUAUAUCAGUCGCUCAGCUAUGGCAGCACUCAGAUUUCUUCCUAUACGACCGCCUACCAGCAGCAUUCAUCGUCACCCGCCGUCGCUGUCGCCCCCGGAGCCGCCAGUUCGUGCGCAUAUAGCUCCUGUGCGGUGCCUUCUGUUCCGCCGUAUGGAAUUGCAACCACCACCGCCUCCAGCAAUGCUCCAUACCAGACCACCGCUGUCUCCAUGACCGCAGCCUCCACCUCCGCCUCGCCCUCACGACUUGUUGGAAAUGCAGUUGGUUCAGCAACAGCCUCGCCAGCCACUGUGGCAUCUUCCCCUUCACCAGCCAAUGGCAAUGAAUUUAUCAGUUUGAGCACACCGAUCGCCAGUUCCUCGCGCCUCUCACAGAUUAACGAUCUGCUGCAGCACAACCGCAACACCACAGCCGCAUUAGUUGCCGUCUCCGAGGGAUUGAGCGGUGGAAGGACCUCGUCCAGUGCAUCCACCAUCGACUCUAUCGAUACACCGCCCAUUGUGGAUGACGGGCAGCAGCGAGGAUGCAUGAGUUUUGAGGCGUUGCCCCCGCCGCUUGUAAAUCCAGCGCCCAUCGUCGCCGUGGUGGAGAGCAAGCUGCCACCGAUGGCUUUGCCAGCGCCACAUGCUCCUCCAUCAGCCCCUCAGCCACGCCAGCCGCUGGAACAGCAUCAUCAGGCCACAAGCGAGUCCUCCUAGAUCAUCAAAUCCGAUUUGGACCGGGCGCCUUUUGGGGUUUUAGUAGAUUUGAAAAUAUGGGAUGAUUACUUUGGACAAUUCUCAGUGACUAUGAAUUGAAGACUAUUAUUUUAUCUAAAGCUAUUACAUUUCGACUUUUUUUUUUGUUAAUUAUCGCUUAGAGAAGAUGUCUUCUUAUCACAAAGAUUUGUACAUCACUAAUAUUCUUCCGCCGAUUUACUCUUGUUGUUUACUUAAGACUUUUAUUCUGUUAAUUUAUACCACUAAUAUUUCAGCCGUUUUAAAAGUUCUCUAAUUUGAAUAUGAGUAUAAUAUUAUUUAAGUUAAAGAAUAUGUAAAAAGACAGCCAUUUUUUUUGUUUGCCCAAGUGAAACUUUUUCGCCUCUGGACCCAUCAAAAUUGCACACUGAGUUGCCAUAACGAUUUCCUUGAGAAUUGUGCAAAGCACACAGAGACCCACCCUUCAAUCGAAACCGGACGAGGCAGCGAGAGAGCUGAGAAUAGUUUUUAUAGCAAUUUUACACAGCAAAAGACUUCAUUACGUUUAAGGCGGCGGCGGGCUUGGCUGGAAAAGGAAUGGAAUGCAAAAGGAUAAGCAGGGGCAUGAAUCAAAAUGGACAUCGUUGGCGUCACUCUUCGACUUCAGGAGACCUCUUCAGUAGCGGCAAAAGUCCUCUAAUCGGACUCAAGUCGCCUUGUAUAAAUCAUUUUAUUGUUAAAUUCUAAUUAGUCUUUAAGUGCAAACUGUAGUUUAGUUACUUUGUUGCUUAAGUUAUGUUCACUUCGCAAAAUCAAGUUACCUUCUACUCAAUUCUUAUUUUGUAAUCUAAAACGAACAAAUUCAGGAAGGACACUUUUUUUAACGUCGUUACUUGCGUUGCUCCAAUGAAUUUAAUGAGCUGAGAGCCCCAAAAAUCUUUCCUUACAAUUCUGUGUCAAAUCUGAUUUAACCCAGCUUAACUGAAAUCGCUUGUUAAACGAUUUUGUGUUUUGUAUUUUGCAUUUAGUUACGAAGCCAACUAAUUAACUACUGAGUUUUAUGGGCCUAUUGUAGAUUUAUCCUCGAUUUAGCUGCUUUUAAGUAUUCAUUUAGCUCUUAAGUUCCUUAUUUCUGACCCUUAGCGUAUUAGGCCUAAUGAACCAACAACACAUGGCAGAAAAUACAGACAAAAGCAACCACAACAUGCAGUACGAUGUAGAAAUACGUAUAUGCAACUUGAUAACGACAAAA